UGUCCCUCGGACACAGCGGAUCACCGAUCAAUGAAAAGAGCCGAAGAUGUCAGCUCGGUCAUCUGAUCAGCUGUGUCCAAUCACAGCUAAUCGCAUGGGACAUGUACACUGAUCAUCAGGGCACUGAUGAUCAGUGUGCCCUGAUGAUCAGUGUAGCCCCAGCAGUGCCACCUGUCAGUGCCCAUCAAUGUCAGCUGUCAGUGCUCAUCAGUGCCACCUGCUAGUGCCCAUCAGUGCCACAUCAAUGCCACAUAUCAGUGCCCAUCUGAGCUACCUUUUAUUGUCACCUAUCAGUGCCAGUCAGCACCACCUAUCAAUGCCAGUCAGUGCCACCUAUCAGUGCUGCCAAUCAGUGCCACCUAUCAGUGCCAGUCAG